AUGGCGGACCUCAGGAAAAUCUAUCCUGAGUCUUUGCCCUGUCGUGUCAACUAUUCGCGAAAACCUUCAUUUCAGGGGAAGCUUUUUAUCCUCCUCUGCAUACUGGUGGUGGACUCUGGUGGAGCUACGACCCACUGGGUUGUCACGGAGGAUGGAAAGAUUCAACAACAAGUUGACUCCCCUUUGAAUCUGAAGCAUCCACAUGAUGUAGUGAUCUUCAUGAGGCAAGAGACCCGAGUUAAUUACCUCAAGAAACUAGAGAAGCAGCUCGUGGCACAGAAGAUACACAUCGAGGAGAACGAGGACAGGGACACAGGGCUUGAGCAGCGACACUACAAAGAGGAUGCAGACUGUGUCAUGGCUAAGGUACCCCUGGGAGACCUGGAUCUAUAUGAUGGCACUUAUAUCUCCUUGGAAAGCAAAGACAUCAGCCCUGAAGAUUAUGUGGAUUCUCGAUCAGCUUUGCCUCCAGAUCUAGAAAAGCCUGACUGCACCAACAUUUUUGAACUACCUUAUAGUAUCCAUGCUUUCCAGCAUCUCAGGGGUGUUCAAGAGAGGGCAAACCUUACCUCCCCAUUGCUUUCUAAGGAGGACCCUAUUUUUAGUUCAUUGUCUCAGAAGCUGGGCCGCAGUAUUGAUGAUGUGGGCCAUCGCAUCCAUCAAGGGUUACUGAUGAACUCAUCAUCCUGGGUGCUGUACAACAUGGCGUCAUUUUAUUGGCGUAUGAAGAACGAGCCACAGAAAGCAGUGGACUGUGUAGUGCGCGCUCUGCAUUUCUCCCCAAGGCAGCACAAGGAUGUGGCCCUGGUUAAUAUGGCCAACAUCCUGCACCGUGCCCAUUUCUCAGCAGAUGCUGCUAUUCUAGCCCACGCUGCCCUGGACCUUACCUCAGAUCUCUUCACCAGCCACUACACAUUGGGCAACAUUUAUGCUAUGCUCGGGGAAUACAACCACUCAGUGCUGUGUUAUGAGCAGGCACUGCAGGCCCAGCCAGGCUUUGAGCAGGCCCUGAGGAGGAAGCACGCUGUGCUCUGUCAGCAAAAGCUGGAGCAACGCCUAGAAGCCCAACACAGAUCAUUGCAGCGGACACUGAAUGAGCUGAAGGAGUACCAGAAGCAGCAUGACCACUACCUUCGCCAGCAGGAGGCACUGGACAAACACAAGCUGCUGCAGGAAGAGCAGAUCCUGCGCAACAUUAUCCAUGAGACCCAGAUGGCCAAGGAAGCUCAACUUGGGAACCAUCAGAUGUGUCGUUUGGGUCAGCAGCAGCGCAGCCUGUACUGUCCCUUUGACCUGCCUGUACGCUAUCACCGUGGCGAUCUAUUUGAACAUGUCCACUAUGUACAAUUCGGGGAGGAGGUGUCUGUGGCGUCCAGCGUGGCGCUUGUGUCAGAGCGUAACUCCAAUCAGUCAGCAUCCAGCCCUCAGCUCCAUCCCUCUGUGUCCGGAGACCAGGAUCCUGUUGCUGUCCUUUGGGGCAGCCAUCAGGAUUACACACAGGACAUGCAGAGGAUGUUGUGGCCUCAGAGAACUGACUGUGCCAACGAGUACCCGAGUGUUCCCCCUGCUCACCUGCUGCCAACAUUCUACCUUCCACCUGAAACGCAGGGCCUCAGCCCAGUGACAACUCUCCUCUACGGGGGGAGCAGCAGUCCUCCUCAAACUGUUUCUCUGCCAGAAUGCGGUCCUGUCCCCCAACCACAUCCAGCCCUCCUGCCGGCUUCACUAGACUGGCCCCUGGAAGAAAAGGAGCUGCCAGAUUCCUUUGCCUCCCAGAUACUGCAGUUACGCAGUGGAGGAUGGACAUUGGAGCAGAUUGGCUCCAGAAUAGUUCAAACUAUGAAACAAGCCACUAUACCCCGCUGGCAGGUCUACAAUGAGGCAGCUCUAUUCUGGCGGGCCAAAGGCAAUGGCAGCCGUGCCCUGCAGUGCCUGCGCCAAGUGUUGAGCUCAGCCCCGCCCUCUCACCGCCACUUGCCCCUCACCAAUGCUGCUAACCUGCUGCUACACCACGGCUUGACCACCCACGCACAAACACUGCUGGAACAGGCAUUGGCUCUCAAUGCAUCAGAGCCCCACACCCUGCUCAGCCUGGUGAGCGUGCAGUUGGCCCAGGGCAACGUGACAGGUGCUCUGUCCUUGUUCCGCCACAUCCUGGUGACGGCCGUUUCUUCCUCCACUUCCUACUCAUCCUUUGCUGGCUGCGAACAGUGUCGCACCAGCUUACCUUUGCUGCGUUGUCUGCAGUUCUAUCCCUUCCUUUACAACCUUUCACACCGACAGCCCUGCCCACAGGGUGCCGCCUGCAUGGCUGAGGAUGAUCUUGGUAUACAGCUGGAGGAGUGGGAGGGCAGUGAAGAGAAGCAGGACGCACCAGCCAUCUCUGCCAUGGAAGACUCUUUGCUCUUUGAGAAGGUGGUCCUGGACAGUAACGGCUCCGGUGAGGCAGCUGGACAACAUCGGGCCUCUCCCUCUGUCUCAGGAACUGCUAAAAUGACCACCCCGUUUGGAAGUGGAGGAGGGGAUGGGGAGGAGGAGUGGCAGCUGAAGGAAGACCUGAUGGGAGCUUUUGAAGGGGCCCUGGAUGUCGGAGGCAAACGAGGUGACCUGCGUGGUAUCCGGGUGCUAAAGAACGACCGUGUCAUGGGGUCUCGUGCCGGCGGAGGGCCCUGCUUUGGAAACUGCGAGGACGACGAAGGAGCAGAAUGGAUCACCUUCCAGGUAAAGCGUGUCAGGAAGGCGAAGGUGGACGGUACAGAGGGUAUUGCCAGCUCUGAUGAUGGCCAGAACGAGGGGGCGCUGCCUGGAGGACACUCUGUCUUGGAGAUCAGUGGACCAACUAUCCCAUCACCUGGCCCUUCAGGUCGCUGGAAGGACUACACAAGUCUUGGCUGGCCAGGGCCAGAGGAGUGCCAGCGGACACGAAGGGUAGACCUCACCACUGUAGCUAGCACCUGGUUGGCUGUUUCUGCCAAGAACAUAGACAUCACAGAGCACAUAGACUUUGCCACUCCCCUCCAGGAGCCAGCUGCUGAGCCUUUAUGCAACGCCAACCUAGCUGCCAGUAUGCACACCCUUGACCACCUGGCAGGGGUGGCCAAUCGAGCUGCGAUACACUACACAGGAGAGAGCCAGCUGCGUGAGGUCCUGCAGAACCUCGGUAAAGAUAAGUUCUCCCCUCAGUCCUUUGAGCAGGUGGGCACACGCAUCGCUAAAGUACUGGAGAAGAAUCAAACUUCAUGGGUGUUGUCUAGUAUGGCUGCACUGUACUGGAGGGUCAAAGGUCAAGGCAAGAGAGCCAUCGACUGCCUGCGACAGGCCCUCAACUACGCCCCACAUCACAUGAAGGAUGUGCCCCUCAUAAGCCUGGCCAACAUCUUCCAAAAUGCUCGACUAUGGGAGGACGCUCUCACAGUCGCUCGCAUGGCGGUAGAAAUCGCCCCGCACUUUGUCGUGAACCACUUCACCCUCGCCAACGUCUAUAUAGCAAUGGAGGAGUUUGAGAAAGCCAUGCGCUGGUACGAGUCUACUCUGAAGCUGCAGCCGGAGUUCGCCCCCGCCAAAGACCGGCUAAGAACCAUUCAGUGUUACCUGCUUACCAAGAGGGAGCGCCGUCAGCCCUAAACCUCUAAACCAUUUUGAGCCCAGGAGUAGCCUGCAAUCAUGCACACAGCAAAUAAAGAACACAAACAUGUAUACACACGCUCACACACACACACACAUACACGUAUACACAUGUACACACACUCAUCUGUAGACCACAGAUAACUUGCGCAAAAAAAAAAAAAAAGUAUAAGAAACUUAAUUUUUGUUUAAGGUGAGGUAUCGAAAUUCAUAUCCAGUAGGAUCUGGGUUUGUUUUUUCUUUAAGUUCUAGCUGCCCAAAGAAUUAUGUUUGAAACAUCACAGGGUACGACUGUAGAUAAUUUUGCCCCCACAACAUAUCUGUCAAAUGCAAGAUCUCUCAUUUCUCUUACUAUCAAGAAGUAAAAACUGUCUUAACUCAGUUUUUUCUUGGUUUGCUUGACUAGCAGAAAUGGAAGGGGAUAAAAUCACAUAAGGCUCUCAAGUUAUAGUUCAUUCAUUAGCAAUAUUCAAAAUAUAUAUUUUUAUAAUUGGAAGAAUAGCUCACACUCUUCUGAAAAGACAUUUCAGCAUUUAAGUAAGAGGAGGUGUCAUCUAAAACAAAGGUAAUUCCAGUAUAUAAUACCAUUGUUCACUUGAAUAAUACUACAGUCUCCAUACUGACAUGUGACACCCGGUGAUGGGGCUGCGUUUUAAUUUAUCUUAAUUGGAAGUUUUAAUUGAAAAGGUUGCAACGCAGUAUUUUAUUAAGUCUUUUACUGAGAUGGUAAGGAAUGUGCUUCUCAACUCAGAGGCUAAAUGAGUUUGAAUUGAUCAAUAUAUGCCCUACUAUUUCUGCUUCAUAAAAUGGAUGGGAAUUCUCAGUUUUUGCACUUGUUUUUCUCCAUAUCAUUCCUAUUUAUAUGGGACCUACAAACUGUUUGAUUUUUGCUACAAGCUAAUUUAACUACAAAAAAGAGAGGAACUGAAAUAUGCUAUUACAUUUGCUUCUUAACUUAUGGAAAUCAUCAGGCAGAAAAAAAGGUUUUGUCAUUGAGCAUCUAUUAAAAAAAAAAAGUGGAAUCUGUAUUAAAUGUACAGUAUUAAAGGCAGUGUGUGG